AUGACCAAUAUUAAAGCUAUUCAAUCUAAUGAUAUACAAAGGCUAACAUCUGGCCAAGUGAUUAUAGAUUUAACGACUACAAUUAAGGAAUUAGUAGACAAUAGUAUCGACGCAAAUGCAUCACAAAUAGAUAUAAUAUUUAAAAAUUACGGUGUAGAUGGUAUAGAAUGUUCCGAUAAUGGAGAUGGUAUAGAUCCAGAAGACUACCAAACUUUAGCUAAGAGACAUUAUACCUCCAAAAUUUCAACCUUCGAAGAUGUUUACACGGUAAAUACAUUAGGUUUUAGAGGGGAAGCAUUGUCUUCACUUUGUAGUAUCAGUAAAGUAGAAGUAAUAACUACACAGAAGACACCUAAAGGUACGAAAUUAGAAUUUGAUUCGAUGGGCAAUCUAUUAAGACAAAGUAUAACAUCUAGAAACAAAGGAACCACCGUACAAGUUUCUGAAUUGUUUCAAAACUUACCUGUGAGACGUAAAGAGUUUUUAAGGACUUCUAAAAGACAAUUUGCAAAAUCUGUAUCAUUAUUACAAAGCUAUGCCAUGAUCCAGGAUGAAAUACGAAUUACAGUGACUAAUAUUACAUCAACCGGUAAGAAAUCAAUUAUUUUAGCUACAAAGGUCUCACAAGAUAAAUCACACCCCAUUUUACAAAAUAUCAAGACUAUAUUUGGUUCAUCGUGUGGUAAUAUAUUGGAUGAGAUUAAAUUAACAUUAGAUUUAAACCAGUUUAAAGAACAAAUAACGAGACAUUUUUCAAGAUUGUAUGAGAAUACAGUGGAUAUUGCAGAUAUUGAUUAUCAGAUUAAUGUUAAAGGUUACAUAUCCAAAAAUUCAUUUGGUUGUGGAAGAAACACAAAGGAUAGACAAUAUAUUUAUAUUAACAGAAGACCAAUUGAAUAUCCAAGUUUAUUAAAAUGUUGUAAUGAGGUUUAUAGAUCAUUUAAUAACGUUCAAUACCCAUUUGUUUUAUUAAAUUUUGUUGUAAAUCCUCAAUUAAUUGAUAUUAAUGUGACACCCGACAAAAGGUUAGUUCUUUUACAUAACGAACAGUAUGUGAUUGAUGUAUUCAAGGAAGAAUUAAUGAAAUAUUACCAAAACCAAGAUUUACAACUACCUAAAUCAAAUAUACAUGUAAAGAAAGAAAGAUUAAAAGUUGAGAAUUCCAUGUUAAGUCAAGAGCUAUAUAUUCCAUUAAUUAAAGAUGAUAUCUUAGAAAAGGAGUUAUCAUCAAGUGAUAGCAGCACAUUAAAGAGGGAUGACAAUGACUUAAAAAAUGAAGAAAUUCAAGAUGAAGAGAGGACAAUAACUUUAAGGCCUUCAAAGAGAGCCAAAGUGAUCGAGUCUGUUAUUAAUGUAACAUUAGAUGAUAAUAUAAGAUCAGACACAAUAAUAGAAGAAAAUACAGAAAGGCCAGACAAUAAAAAUGGGCAAGAAGAAGAAUGUUUUAAUAACGACAAAGAGGGAAUAGAGAGAAAUAAAAAACAACAAGAUAAGAGGGAAGAAGCAACUUCACAUAAGCGCUUUUCUACUAGAAAUGCAAUGAAACAGUGGGGAUUAGUCGAUAACAAUUCUAUAAAUAAGGGUAACCAAUCAAACAAAUACGAUAAACACAACAACAAUAAUAAUGAUGGUGCUGAUGAUGACAACAAAGACAAUACGAUAUUAAAGAUAGAUAUCGAUGGCACAGAAAUAAAUUAUAAAGCUAAAUACUCCCAAGAAACAAAUGAUAUAGAAUUUCCCAAAGAUAUAGAUACUAAUCACAAUGACUUAUCCAGGGAUGAGACCCAUAAUUCAUUCUUGGACAAUGUUGAAGAAUAUGUAGAAUUAGAAUCUAUGCCCUCAUCGCCACAAAAUAAUGAUCUAAAUAUUAAAGUAUCUAGAUCUUUUACCGAAGAUUCAUAUGAUCAGACUAUAAUGAAUCGAUCCCUAGCUGUUGAGUCUCAUUCUAAAUUUUUACAUAAUAACAAACAAUACAAAAUCCAUGGAUUAGACCAUAUUUUAGAGACUUCCAUUAAUGUUAACGGUCCAAUACUUCAAUAUGAUCAAGUUGAAUACUUUAACAACCUUAUAAAAAGAACAAAUGGAUAUCAUACUAUGAUUAAGCAAGAAGACGAUAUUAAGGAUGACAUUGAAUAUAUGAAUCUUUCACUCAACAAGAAAGAAUUUGCCAAAAUGGAGAUUGUUGGACAGUUUAAUCUUGGAUUCAUUAUUGUUGUAAGAAAGAAUGGUGAAAACCAUGAUUUAUUUAUUGUAGAUCAACACGCAAGUGAUGAAAAGUACAAUUUUGAAACUUUGCAAAAAGAAACAGUAAUUGAAUGUCAAAGUUUGAUUACUCCACAGCCAUUAGAAUUAAACAUUAUUGAAGAAUUUUUAAUCCUUGAGAAUUUAGAUGUUUUCAAAUCUAAUGGUUUUAAACUGAAAGUUGAUGAGGAUAAUGACCCUGGCCAUAAGAUAUCGUUAUUAAGUGUGCCUAUAUCCAAACAAACCGUAUUUGAUCUAAAUGAUUUUAAUGAAUUAAUACAAUUAAUUAAAGAAAAUGAUGGAUCGCAUAAAAGUAGUACUGGAUCAACAGUGAUAAAAUGUUCGAAAAUUCGAUCUAUGUUUGCCAUGAGAGCAUGUAGAAUGAGUAUAAUGAUAGGAAAACCCUUGACACGUAAGACUAUGCAACGUGUCGUACACAAUUUGAGUACUUUAGAUAAACCUUGGAAUUGCCCACAUGGUAGACCCACAAUGAGACAUUUAUUGGAAUUAAAGGAUUGGAAAUCUUUUACAAAUGAUUAUGAAUAUUAA